AUGCGUACCUCCACCGUAGACCAGAAGAGGUGGACCCUAAAAAACAAUGAGUACAUCUAUGAGUAUGCGUACAAGUAUGAGAAUGAGAACGACUAUUACAACCACCAGGAUCAACUUGGUCAAGGGGCCAACUGGGUAAAAGAAGCUGGUUCUUCUCAGAUUGUUGAUGCUCCUGCCCAUCUCCCCCUCCCUACGCCCUCUGAUCUCCCUCAGCAGAGCCCACCGGAGCAGCCUGGAGUCCUCACAGCAUUCCCUGGUUCUCUUGCAAACUUUGGGACUCUUGAGAAGAUGAUUGAGGUUGCAUGGCAGAAGUGUCAGGAGUACCAAUCUAUGUUCUUCAUGUGGUACUGUGUUACCCUGUUGUGCAUACAGAGUAGGGCACAGCCCACCUCUACACCAGUGAAACCCAUCGUGGUUGAGCUUCCCAUUUCUACACCAGCGAAGCCCAUCGUGGUUGAGCCGCCCAUCUCUCCACCAGUGAAUCCCAUCGUGAUGGAGCUGCCCAACUCUCCACUAGUGAAGCCCAUUGCGGUUGAGCUGCCCAUCUCUCCACCAGUGGAGCCCAUUGUGGUUGAGCUGCCCAUCUCUCCACCAGUGAAUCCCAUCGUGAUGGAGCUGCCCAACUCUCCACUAGUGAAGCCCAUUGCGGUUGAGCUGCCCAUCUCUCCACCAGUGGAGCCCAUUGUGGUUGAGCUGCCCAUCUCUCCACCAGUGAAGCCCAUUGCGGUUGAGCUGCCCAUCUCCCUACCAGUGAAGCCCAUUGCAGUUGAGCUGCCCAUCUCUCCACCAGUAAAACCCAUCAUGGUUGAGCUGCCCAUCUCUCCACCAGUGGAGCCCAUUGUGGUUGAGCUGCCCAUCUCUCCACCAGUGAAGCCCAUUGUGGUUGAGCUGCCCAUCUCUCCACCAGUGAAUCCCAUCAUGAUGGAGCUGCCCAACUCUCCACUAGUGAAGCCCAUUGCGGUUGAGCUGCCCAUCUCUCCACCAGUGGAGCCCAUUGUGGUUGAGCUGCCCAUCUCUCCACCAGUGAAGCCCAUUGCGGUUGAGCUGCCCAUCUCUCCACCAGUAAAACCCUUCAUGGUUGAGCUGCCCAUCUCUCCACCAGUGGAGCCCAUUGUGGUUGAGCUGCCCAUCUCUCCACCAGUGAAGCACGUCAUGUUUGAGCUGCCGAUCGCUCCAGUGGAAGCUGAGUCGCUUCAGAGAUUUGAGGGUUUGACACAGCGACAUAAAAAAAGAAAGACAGACAUGGAAACUUCAGUUCCACAGGCCAGAACUACUCUUCCUCCUCCCUCCCUAUUGGAUUAUUUCGCUCCACCUACAACUCAGAGAUGUCAUAGGGCCCAGGAUUUCUUCCCUCCACCUCCAGUGGAGCCCAUCGUGGUUGAGCUGCCCAUGUCUCCACCAGUGAAACCCAUCAUGGUUGAGCUGCCCAUCUCUCCACCAGUGAAGCCCAUUGUGGUUGAGCUGCCCAUCUCCCCACCAGUGAAACCCAUCAUGGUUGAGCUGCCCAUCUCUCCACCAGUGAAGCCCAUUGUGGUUGAGCUGCCCAUCUCUCCACCAAUGAAUCCCAUCGUGAUGGAGCUGCCCAACUCUCCACCAGUGAAAUCCAUCAUGGUUGAGCUGCCCAUCUCUCCACCUGUGAAGCCUGACUCUUCUUUUCAUUUAAAACCCAUCAUGGUUGAGCUGCCCAUCUCUCCACCAGUGAGACACGUCAUGUUUGAGCUGCCAUCUCUCCACCAUGAGAUCCACGUCAUGUUUGAGCUGCCGAUCUCUCCACCAGUGAGACACGUCAUGUUUGAGCUGCCCAUCUCUCCACCAGUAAAACCCAUCAUGGUUGAGCUGCCCAUCUCUUCACCAGUGAGACACGUCAUGUUUGAGCUGCCGAUCACUCCAGUGGAAGCUGAGUCGCUUCAGAGAUUUGAGGGUUUGACACAGCGACAUAAAAAAAGAAAGACAGACAUGGAAACUUCAGUUCCACAGGCCAGAACUACUCUUCCUCCUCCCUCCCUAUUGGAUUAUUUCGCUCCACCUACAACUCAGAGAUGUCAUAGGGCCCAGGAUUUCUUCCCUCCACCUCCAGUGGAGCCCAUCGUGGUUGAGCUGCCCAACUCUCCACCAGUGAAGCCCAUUGUGGUUGAGCUGCCCAUCUCUCCACCAGUGAAGCCCAUUGUGGUUGAGCUGCCCAUCUCUCCACCAGUGAAGCCCAUUGUGGUGGAGCUGCCCAACUCUCCACUAGUGAAGCCCAUUGCGGUGGAGCUGCCCAUCUCUCCAUCAGUGGAGCCCAUUGUGGUUGAGCUGCCCAUCUCUCCACCAGUGAAGCCCAUUGCGGUUGAGCUGCCCAUCUCUCCACCAGUGAAGCCCAUUGUGGUUGAGCUGCCCAUCUCUCCACCAGUGAAUCCCAUCGUGAUGGAGCUGCCCAACUCUCCACUAGUGAAGCCCAUUGCGGUUGAGCUGCCCAUCUCUCCACCAGUGGAGCCCAUUGUGGUUCAGCUGCCCAUCUCUCCACCAGUAAAACCCAUCAUGGUUGAGCUGCCCAUCUCGCCACCAGUGAAGCCCAUUGCAGUUGAGCUGCCCAUCUCUCCACCAGUAAAACCCAUCAUGGUUGAGCUGCCCAUCUCUCCACCAGUGGAGCCCAUCGUGGUUGAGCUGCCCAUCUCUCCACCAGUGAAAUCCAUCAUGGUUGAGCUGCCCAUCUCUCCACCUGUGAAGCCUGUUGUUGAGCUGCCCAUCUCUCCACCAGUAAAACCCAUCAUGGUUGAGCUGCCCAUCUCUUCACCAGUGAGACACGUCAUGUUUGAGCUGCCGAUCACUCCAGUGGAAGCUGAGUCGCUUCAGAGAUUUGAGGGUUUGACACAGCGACAUAAAAAAAGAAAGACAGACAUGGAAACUUCAGUUCCACAGGCCAGAACUACUCUUCCUCCUCCCUCCCUAUUGGAUUAUUUCGCUCCACCUACAACUCAGAGAUGUCAUAGGGCCCAGGAUUUCUUCCCUCCACCUCCAGUGGAGCCCAUCGUGGUUGAGCUGCCCAACUCUCCACCAGUGAAGCCCAUUGUGGUUGAUCUGCCCAUCUCUCCACCAGUGAAGCCCAUUGUGGUGGAGCUGCCCAACUCUCCACUAGUGAAGCCCAUUGCGGUGGAGCUGCCCAUCUCUCCACCAGUGGAGCCCAUUGUGGUUGAGCUGCCCAUCUCUCCACCAGUGAAGCCCAUUGCGGUUGAGCUGCCCAUCUCUCCACCAGUGAAGCCCAUUGUGGUUGAGCUGCCCAUCUCUCCACCAGUGAAGCCCAUUGUGGUGGAGCUGCCCAACUCUCCACUAGUGAAGCCCAUUGCGGUUGAGCUGCCCAUCUCUCCACCAGUGGAGCCCAUUGUGGUUCAGCUGCCCAUCUCUCCACCAGUAAAACCCAUCAUGGUUGAGCUGCCCAUCUCCCCACCAGUGAAGCCCAUUGCAGUUGAGCUGCCCAUCUCUCCACCAGUAAAACCCAUCAUGGUUGAGCUGCCCAUCUCUCCACCAGUGAAGCCCAUUGCGGUGGAGCUGCCCAUCUCUCCACCAGUGGAGCCCAUUGUGGUUGAGCUGCCCAUCUCUCCACCAGUGAAGCCCAUUGCAGUGAAUCCCAUCGUGAUGGAGCUGCCCAACUCUCCACUAGUGAAGCCCAUUGCGGUUGAUCUGCCCAUCUCUCCACCAGUGGAGCCCAUUGUGGUUCAGCUGCCCAUCUCUCCACCAGUAAAACCCAUCAUGGUUGAGCUGCCCAUCUCGCCACCAGUGAAGCCCAUUGCAGUUGAGCUGCCCAUCUCUCCACCAGUAAAACCCAUCAUGGUUGAGCUGCCCACUCUCCACCAGUGGAGCCCAUUGUGGUUGAGCUGCCCAUCUCUCCACCUGUGA